AGGCCGCGGCGCGUCCCCGCCAUGGCCGCCCGGGCCCCCCGCUUCCCUCCGGCCCCUCCCGCCGCCCGCCGCUCCCCGCCGAUCCCCGCCGCCCUCCUGCCCGUCCUGCUCCUGCUCCUGGCCGGCCCGCUCGGCGGGGCCCGCGCUUUGACAUGUCUGUGCUCUGACUGCAAACAAGCCAACUCCACGUGUGAGACGGAUGGUGCCUGCAUGGUCUCAGUCUUCAACCUGGAUGGUGUCAAACACCACGUUCGGACCUGCAUUCCUGAGGCAAAAUUGAUUCCUGCUGGGAAACCCUUCUAUUGUCUGAGUUCAGAGGAUCUGCGUAACACUCACUGCUGCUACUCCGAUUUUUGCAACAAAAUUGAUUUAAUGGUUCCCAGUGGACACCUGAAAGACAACGAGCCCCCGUCGAGCUGGGGUCCGGUGGAGCUGGUGGCGGUGAUCGCCGGGCCCGUGUUCCUCGUGUUUGUUGUCAUGAUCAUCGUGGUCUUCGUGUUCCACCACCACCAACGGGUCUAUCACAACCGCCAGAGGCUGGACAUGGAAGAUCCUUCUUGUGAAAUGUGCCUUUCCAAGGACAAGACAUUGCAAGAUCUGGUCUAUGAUCUCUCCACCUCCGGCUCUGGCUCAGGCUUGCCUCUGUUUGUCCAGCGGACGGUGGCUCGAACGAUUGUCCUUCAGGAGAUCAUUGGCAAAGGCCGCUUUGGGGAGGUGUGGCGGGGCAGGUGGCGUGGGGGUGACGUGGCUGUGAAGAUCUUCUCGUCACGUGAGGAACGUUCCUGGUUCAGAGAGGCAGAGAUCUAUCAAACAGUGAUGCUGAGGCACGAGAACAUCCUGGGAUUCAUUGCUGCAGAUAACAAAGAUAAUGGGACAUGGACUCAGCUGUGGCUCGUCUCUGACUACCACGAGCACGGCUCUCUCUUUGAUUACCUGAAUCGCUACACGGUGACCAUCGAGGGCAUGAUCAAGCUCGCCCUGUCUGCUGCCAGCGGGCUGGCCCACCUGCACAUGGAGAUCGUGGGCACUCAGGGAAAACCUGGGAUUGCUCACAGAGACCUGAAAUCCAAGAAUAUUUUGGUGAAGAAGAACGGCACGUGUGCCAUCGCUGACCUCGGCCUGGCCGUCCGGCACGACUCCGUCACCGACACCAUCGACAUCGCCCCCAACCAAAGGGUUGGAACCAAAAGAUACAUGGCCCCAGAAGUCUUGGAUGAAACCAUCAACAUGAAACAUUUUGAUUCAUUUAAAUGUGCUGAUAUCUACGCCUUGGGCUUGGUCUACUGGGAGAUUGCCCGAAGGUGCAACGCAGGAGGUAUCCAUGAGGAGUAUCAGCUUCCCUACUAUGACCUUGUACCCUCUGAUCCUUCUAUUGAGGAGAUGAGGAAGGUUGUGUGUGACCAGAAAUUACGGCCAAACAUCCCAAACUGGUGGCAGAGCUACGAGGCACUACGGGUGAUGGGCAAGAUGAUGCGAGAGUGCUGGUACGCCAACGGAGCGGCUCGGCUCACUGCCCUCCGCAUCAAGAAAACCCUCUCCCAGCUCAGCGUCCAGGAAGAUGUGAAAAUUUAGGCUCUGAGCCUCAACAGGAGGAAACUGCACAGGAGCUGCUGUGCUAGAGUAGACAUGUGAUGGAGGCCUACCUCGUGUUUCAGCCCAACCUACUGCUACAACCAGACAGCGGGACCUGCAGGCUGCUAGGCAGGGGGACGGAGCCUACGGAACCGCUCUCUUCCCUGCUUGGGUAUGAAACAAUCCAAAACCUUUUGUGAUCACCUCCUGAGAGCGUGGAGACUUGAGAGGGACUUCACCCGAGGGAUCUCAGCCAUGAUCCUAACUCUUUGUUCCUUUAAAGGAAAUCCCUGUAAAGUUCAGUGUGCGUCGAGCACCCGUUGGUGGGGUCGGAGCCAGCCCCGGGUGCUCGGUGCCGGGAGCGGGAAGGGAAAGGGAAGGUUUUUCUUGCCGUACUCCGAGGAUUUUUCCAGGGACUGGCACGUUCAUGCAGAAAAAGCAAAACAAAUGGUGCUCUCUUCCAAGAGGCUGAGCCGGAACAGUUGAUCAGCUUCACAACAACCGUUCCCCCUCCUUUUCUUAAGCUUGAAAAAGUCCAAGUGGGCUCCCUGACGGCCGUCGGGGCCGCCCCGGUGUGUGCAUGCGCGAGGUGCGCGUGUCCCUGUGCCUGGUCAUCUCCUCCAUAGCCGUGCGGUGUCUCUGCCUGUGGGUGGCUCAUCUCUGUCCGUGCUUCCUGUGCAUGUGCAAAUCUCGAGUGUCCCGUUUGUGAGCUGUUUGCUGGUGCUCUCCGUGCUGAGUUGUGAGCCUCGUGGAGCUUGGACAGGCUGCUGCAGAGCGGAUCCCUGGCUGCCCGAUGGGCGCCGCCACAACGUCCCAUCAGGUUGCCUCACUGCCACCCCUUCCCUUUUUUUUUAAGAUGAAACAAAUAAGGAACUGAGAAUCACUCCUGGAAUCCAGGUUUUUUUCUGUCUGAAGCCCUUGGGGUUUGUAAUUCUUGAGUAAAGGGGCGUUGAGUUGUGUCAGAGGUGGAGCAGGUGUUGUGGAGGAGUGCAGGACUCAGUUCCCAGCUCCAUUACCCAGGCAGAUUUCUGGGGGCCUGGUGAUGCAGCAGGACAGUGGCUGGACAGUGGCCUGGCUGAACAUGAGCCAGCACCAUGCCCAGGUGGCCAUGCAUCCUGGCCUGGUUCAGGAAUGGUGUGGCCAGCAAGAGCAGGGAGAUCAUUCUUCUUCUGUACUUGACACUGGUGAGGCUGCACCUUUCCCUUUUUUUAAGAUCAAAUAAGGAACUGAGAAUCGCUCCUGGAAUCCAGGUUUUUUUUUUUGUCUUGAGCCCCUGGGGUUUGUAAUUCUUGGGUAGAGGGGAGUUGAGUUGUGUCAGAGGUGGAGCAGGUGUUGUGGAGGAGCGCAGGACUCAGUUCCCCACUCUGUUACCCUGGGGGCCUGGUGAUGCAGCAGGACAGAGUGGCUGGACAGUGGCCUGGCUGAACAUGAGCCAGCACCAUGCCCAGGUGGCCAUGCCCAAUGGCUCCUGCCUGGAUCAGGAAUGGUGUGGCCAGCAGGAGCAGGGAGAUCAUUCUUCUCUGUACUUGACACUGGUGAGGCUGCACCUUUCCCUUUUUUAAAGAUGAAACAAAUAAGGAACUGAGAAUCACUCCUGGAAUCCAGGUUUUUUUGUCUUGAGCCCCUGGGGUUUGUAAUUCUUGGGUAGAGGGGAGCUGAGUUGUGUCGGAGGGGGAACAGGUGUUGUGGGGACUCAGUUCUCCUGGGAACACAAUUCCCAGUUCCACCACCCAGGCAGAUUUCUGGGGGCCUGGUGAUGCAGCAGGACAGUGGCUGGACAGUGGCCUGGCUGAACAUGAGCCAGCACCAUGGCCAGGUGGCCAUGCAUCCUGGCCUGGAUCAGGAAUGGUGGGGCCAGCAGGAGCAGGGAGAUCAUUCUUCUUCUGUGCUUGACACUGGUGAGGUCACACCUCAAGUGCUGUGUCCAGUUUUGGGCCCCUCAGUUUGGGAA